AUCGCCAAUAAAAACGAAACAAGAGCAUAAAAGAGCCGGGUAGUUUAUCUCUUUCCUUAAAUUCUUUGGCCAAAUAUUAUGUCAUAGACUAUGGAAAGCAAAAUAAAGUUUUACGGGUGGUUCUGAAAUACAGGAAAGUGGAGGGAUUACUUACUGCUGUAACGUGGAACUUCUGCCUGACGAGGCCGUAGCACAAUUGCGAUUGAUUACUGAAUAUGCCGCGAUAAUAUUAGUUGCUGUCCCAAAUGUAUAGAUAAGAUACGAGAUUCCAAAUUCUACCUUUGAGUUGAUCCUUUGACCUCACAAUGAAAAACAUUUCGGUUUUUAACAGGGUCGGAGCUGGAACUUUUGUGUGGCUACUUACAAGUCGCUAUUUAUCUUCCAAAAUACUAAAAGUACUUCGUACAUCCCAGUUUGCCUCCCCAGGAACUAUAACAUGGGUGCUCUUGGAGAUAUGGUUUGAGCCACAGAGGAAGAGCAGCCAUGAUGAUGCCUAUGACAUCACAAGAGAAAACUUAAUAACACUCACUCAACUGGAAUCUGUUAAACAAGACAUACCAUUUGUCGACUUACCUCUUUUCAAUGUAGGUGAAGUUCCAAAUGUUAAAAUAAUUCUAUAA